UUCAUCAGAAGGCAAUGUGGAAGUGAAUGUAUGAGCAUGAACUUGCCAUCAUUGAUUGUGUGUGGAUUCCAGUCGAUUCUCUCACGAUAUCGCUCAUCUUGGAUUCGCACUAGUGCCGGCGUGGUCAUACCCUCUCAACGGGUUCCCCUGCCCAAGAAACCCGGAGCAACCCGUCUCAGUCUGCCCCUGCCAUCUCAAGCGCUCGCACGCUGCAGCAAGUCGUGUGAAACCCAACACCCGAAUAAAGGCCGCGGUUUUUCUCCGUUUGUAGUGGAAUUCUGAAAGUUCGUUGCUGUGGGUGUUCCGGAACGAACCCAAUAUGGAGUGUAGCAUUGAUGAUGACUCCAUCAUCGUGGAUGCUGCAGCAUUACAAUAAUGUGUGCUCCGAGAUGAAAGUGUCGUGAACUUCGGAAUUCCGGGAUCGGUUCUGAAGCAUGAUGGCGAGACAAGCUGUGGCGCACAAUGGAGACGAGAUCCUGCCCUACAACCCGGUGCCCCAUCAGUCAUCGAACCCAUCAGCAGUAGCCGUGAAGCCCAGACUGGACCUGAAGCCGUAUGCACAGCAGUGCAAAACAAAGUCCCGGAAACUGGGCAAUGCCCGGGUUUGGAUGGAGAGCUCCUUUGUGGGUACGCAGCCGAUUUUGAGUCCGGAAACCCCUUCCGGGGACCUGGCUAUGUUCGUGUUCGACGACCCCAGUUUACUGAAUGGCGACGCGGAUCCGUCCAACCUUGUGCCCAUGGUCAAGCUUAGGUCUGGCUCUGCCCAGUUGGAUGCUUAUGUCGUGCAACGGGAACUGGAUGCCAGGAAGAACGGUCAUUUGCAAUCAAAAAAGGCUUCCUCAAUGUCCGAGCAGAACUUACUGCUGACGCAGAAGCACUGGAGUGCUCAAGGCAAAGGUCUGGGCACUAUUUCCAAGUCCCGUCACCACCACUGCUCUGAUCAAGGCUUCCAGCAUCAUCACCCGUCAUCAUCAUCCGAACCCGAACCUCUCAGCAUGCAACCCGAAAAGGAAAACGCCGUCGCAAUAGCCGCAGCCAUGCUCACCGAGGGCCUCAACAAACGCAUGAUGUUCGCCGUCGACCCAGACGACUUCAAACCCAUCACCAGCAGCAGUUCGUCGAAACCCGGCGAAACCCCGGAACCCACCCGUCGGGGAUCCACGUCGUUGGACGAUGUCCUGAGUUCCCUGCUAGCGUUGCCACCGUCACCAGCAUCAGCGAAUAACAAUAAAAAUGCGGUUGAGGACAAUGAUCAUCAUCAUCAUCAUUUUGGGAGCAGCAGCGUGUUGGGGAGAUCGGGUUCUUUGCGGAGACCCACUUCGCAGCCGGACUUGGAUCAGCAGCGGAGAAGCAAGUCGCCGGUUAUUCACGAAGGUGGUGGUGCUGCUGGUGCUUACAGUUGGAGGAAGCAGGAAAAUGGGACUUUGGCAGCAACAGCGGGAACAGAGGGGACGAAUAAGGUGAAGAUGAGACACGAGAGUUUGGGGGAUCAGACGACGAGGAGCAAAAGCCCGUCUUUGCUUGAUGCAGAGAGAGAGAGAAAGAGUGACGAAGUCGACGUGCUAGACCCACUUCGCAGCCGGACUUGGAUCAGCAGCGGAGAAGCAAGUCGCCGGUUAUUCACGAAGGUGGUGGUGCUGCUGGUGCUUACAGUUGGAGGAAGCAGGAAAAUGGGACUUUGGCAGCAACAGCAGGAACAGAGGGGACGAAUAAGGUGA